UGACACUUUGGCCGACCCCCCUAAAGAAAAUCCCCAAGCAGGACGAUGGUCUCGUAAUAACUCGAGUUGUAUCAGUAGUCGUCCCGAGCGCAGACGAGAAGAACCGAGCCGAAGCGGAAAAACGGCGAGAGCGCAAACAACUCGUGGCGGCUAAGCGGGGGGGGGGGAACCCUGCCUGGCGUUUCAUAAAGAGGUGUCCUUCAGUGGCUCAGAUGAUACCAGAGCAACGAGAAGAAGUUUUACUUUCCGCAAGCGGAUGGGUGACUACCGCUUCCAGCGCCGGCGCUUUGUGAGGAGGAGAUGAUGAUGAAGAAUUUCCCCAGCAGUCCCCUUAACAACAACCAGACUCAGAACCACAUCAGAGAUCGGAACAACAAAAAGUAUAGUAGCUGGCUCUCCGCUGUGCCCCUGCGAUUCUCCCUGAGAGGCUAUGGUUUCUGCAUGGCCACGCUGUUCCUCUUCUGUUUCGGGUCACUGGUCUACCAGCUGAACGGAGGACCCCCUACAAUCCUGCUGGACAUCCGACAGUAUCUAGACUCAAUGGUUGCCUGGCCGGGAAGGUCUUUGGUCAGUCAGAACGGACAGCCGCAGCAAGUUAAAAAGAAGCACCCGCCACACUGUGCGACUUCAGGUGAAUCCACGUUCCAGGAUGACCAUGGACCGCCAGUAGCCAGAGUGCUGCCGUUCCCGAGUCAGGUGGUGUAUAACCGGGUGGGGAAGUGUGGCAGCCGGACAGUGCUGAUCCUGCUGCGGCUGCUGUCGGAGAAGCACCAGUUCAACCUGGUCUCCUCGGAGAUCCACAACCGGACCCGCCUCACCAAGCACGAACAGGUGGAUCUCAUAAAGAACAUCAGCAACAUGCCACAGCCGUUCCUCUACACGCGGCACGUUCACUUCCUCAACUUCACCAGGUUUCGGGUGGAGGAGCCCGUCUACAUCAACAUAAUCCGGGACCCGAUCAACCGCUUCCUGUCCAACUACUUCUUCCGGCGGUUCGGGGACUGGAGGGGGGAGCAGAACCACCUCAUCCGCACGCCGGGGAUGAAGGACGACGAGAGAUACCUGGAUAUCAAUGUGUGCAUCUUAGAAAACUACCCAGAGUGCUCCAACCCCAGGAUGUUCUACAUCAUCCCCUACUUUUGUGGUCAGCAUCCACAAUGCAGGGAGCCAGGAGUGUGGGCCUUGGAGAGGGCCAAGCAGAACGUGUUGGAGAACUACCUCCUGGUGGGGAUCCUGGAGGAGCUGGAGGACGUGCUGCUCCUGCUGGAGAGGCUUCUGCCCCACUUCUUCUCAGGGGUCCUCAACAUCUACAAGAGCCCUGACUACAAGAAGGCGGGCAACAUGACGGGCACGGUGCGCAAGCACACGCCCACGCUGGAGGCCCUGCAGGUGCUCUACCACCGCAUGCGCUACGAGUACGACUUCUACGGCUUCGUCCGCGACCAGUUCCACCUGGCCAAGAAGAAGAUCGGCCUCAAGUCGGCCUCACGCCCCUCCGCCUACUCCCACGACUUCCUGCGGGACCUAGUCCUCCGCACCCCCGAGCCCAUGGCGGAGGAGGACGACGAAGAGGAGGAGGAGGAGGAGGAGGAGGAGGCGCAGGACACCACCCUCGAGGACGCCGCCAGCUGGCUGGUGAACCCCUGAGGACGCCCGCGCCGUGGCGGACUAAGGCCCGGGGUGUGGGGGCCUGUACUGGACUAGUGGGACAGGGGCCGGAACACCAGGGUGGAGGGGGUUCUCCCCCCUUAAUGGAUCACCCUGGUGGUGGGUGGGUUGGUCGGUUGCUCAGUGUUGGUGUGUGUGUGUGUGUGUGUGUGUGUGUGUGUGUGUGUGUGUGUGUGUGUGUGUGUGUGUGUGUGUGUGUGUGUGUGUGUGUGUGUGUGUGUGUGU